AUGAGUCUGCGACCACCUUCUACCAGCCCCUCCCCCUCCCCCGCUCCAGAGAAUGGCCACAAUAAGCUGUCGUCUCGCCAGUCGCUUGGCCCAGGCCCAGCGACACGUGGUGCUCCAGCCCUUGCCCCUGGCUCUCCUCGUUUGGCUGGCGGCGGAACGAGACCCACUAGCGAGCUUGUGGGCUCUGCGGGAUUAUAUCAAACUCCUGAAGGCGAGUUGAUUGUCCCUCUUGUACGACAUCAAUUUCUUAAUGAACGACAGCUGAGGCCCUCGACCAAUGGUUUGAGAACCUCCAAAAUUACGAAGCAACCCUCGAAGACAUGGCGGCAGCCUCGCUCGACGUCAACUUCAAAGAGGAGCUCAGUGCCAUCGAGCAAUGGUUCAAAGUUCUUUCAGAAGCAGAGCGCACAGCCGCUCUUUACAGUCUUCUCCAACAUUCGACACAAGUUCAGAUUCGUUUUUUUCAUUACCGUCCUCCAGCAAAUGGCUCGGUCGGACCCUAUGACAGCGCUUCUUAGUCCUGCUGUUGGCGGCUCUAUGCAGCAGCAGAUGGAGGCUAAACUCGCUAGUCUCAAGUCUCCUGGCCUUAAGUCUGGUCUCCCCGCUUCACCGACUGCACGCAAUUUCAAUCAAGCUACUCCGGGCAACCGCCAGUCACUCAUCGAGACGCCUAACAAUUAUCUAUCGCCCGAUUCGGCCUCGCUCGGUCAAAGUGUCGAUGCCGCUUCGACGUUGGCACAGCAGCGUGCUAAAUUGAAGGCCUCGAAUGUCGCUCAUCGCAUCUCGGCGCCAAUCAUGUCAUCCACUGGUGACCGCAACACUUGGGGAGCGAGUGGACUGAGUCAAGUCGCAGAGAGCAAUCGCGCUCCUUCGCCAACUACCCCUGGCGCUGAAGACAAAGGAUCACGUCCAAAGAGUGCGGAGUUUAUCAAUCGUCCGGCCCCAGUCCAAGAGGCUACUGUGCCGGCCCACGCGUCAAGUGAGAGUUGGGCCAGCAUGGUUACAACCCCUGCCAUGCAAAUGUUCGCGAAAACGGAGCCAAAGGAGGCCCCCAAGGUUGCUGAGUGGAAGUCUCCAAGUGCUGCUGCUGCGGCCCCUGGUGUUCCUCGCAUGGGUGAUCCGACUAUUCACCGUCGUGGCGCUCGUCCUCCUCAACAGCAAGACGAUAUGUAUGACGACAACGGCAAUUUCGUUCCCCGUGGAAACAUGGGUCGUCCCGGCUGGCAAGGAGCAACCAGCCCUGCUUCAAACCGGUUUGGGAGCAGCGAUGAUGGAAGAGGAAGUAAUAACGGACGCGGAAACACCCCUAAUAUGGGCAUGAACGGUAUGGGCGGUUUCGGGAUGGGCGGCAUGAACAGCGCCGGCGCAAUGGGAGGCAUGAAUCCAUUUGGGGUCAACAUGAAUAUGUUGGCAAUGGGGAUCUCGCCUGAAACUCAGCUGCUUGCGGCUCAGAUGGCUCAGGCUCAGAUUGCGGCUGCUGGUGGCGCGUUUGGAAUGGGAGGUAUGGGAGGAAUCGCGGGAGCUCCGUGGCUUGCUGGACCACAUUCUGCUGGCAUGGGAGGACGGAUGAUGCGUCCACCAAACAGCGCUCGUACUCCCAGAAGUGCGACAAGCAACACGAGCGGGAUGGGAAUCAACACUCCCAAAGGUGAAGACGAUGUGGAUCCAGCAUUGCUCAAUGACGUGCCUGCGUGGCUUCGCAGCCUGCGUUUGCACAAGUAUACGCCCAACUUUGAAGGGAUGCGUUGGCAGGAUAUGGUCAUCAUGGACGAGCCGGCAUUGGAGGCAAAGGGUGUUGCGGCGCUUGGGGCUAGAAGAAAGAUGCUCAAGACAUUCGAGAUUGUGCGCAAGAAGAUGGGAAUCGAAGGGGGACCGCCGAUGACCACCGUUUGA